AUGUGGCUGAAAUCCGGCAUUAUCCUGUCUUUCCUUGCCAUUGCGGCCUACGGCCAGGCACAUCUUAAGUACACGAAAGAGAUGAACGAUCCGGAGUUUGUGGAGCAGAACGUUCAUCAUCAAGGACAUGGACACGCUCACGGAGGACACGGACAUGCCCAUGAUGCUGAUGGAGGAUGCCCUUAUGCUAAAGGUGAGGGAUAACUGCUUCUAGCCAGGGGGAAAUUUAUUUUUUCCAGCUGCCGCCGCUGAAGCUGCUGCCGCUGCUGCUCAUGGACACGCUCAUGAUCACGGACACGCUCACGAUCACGGACAUGCUCAUGAGCACGAGUACGAAGACGUUUACGAUCACGGUCAUUCCCACGACGCCUACGACCACGGACAUUCUCAUGGAGAGGAAGAGGAAGCACAUGGACAUGCCCAUGACCACCACGGACAUUCUCAGUAAGUUCUAUUCAAUUAGUUGUCUGAUCAAUCUAUCUACUUCAGCGGAUCUGAAAACGCCAAGCAUGUCGCCGCCGAGUACCAGUACACUGGGGCGCUCUCCUUCCUCAACGACCCCAAGACCAGACUCUGGGUCUACGCGGUUUCUUCCACGCUUCUCAUCUCCGCCGCCCCGUGCUUCAUCCUCAUGUUCAUUCCAAUCCAGGCCAACACCUCGGAGUCUGGUCCUCUUCUCAAGGUUCUUCUUGCUUUCGGAUCGGGUGGACUUCUUGGAGACGCCUUCCUCCAUCUGAUUCCACAUGCUACCCCAGCUGGAGACGGCGGACAUGGACACUCUCACUCACACGGACAUUCUCAUGGCGGAGCUGGUGGACACUCCCAUGGAGCUCACGACAUGAGCGUCGGUGGAUGGGUUUUGGCUGGUAAGCAUAGAGAACACAAGGAAACUGUCUAAAUCACAUCACAAUUUUUCAGGAAUCAUCGCCUUCUUGACUGUGGAGAAGCUCGUUCGCAUUCUGAGAGGAGGUGAGGGACACGGACAUUCCCACAGCAGCCACGGACACUCGCAUGGGGACAAGAAGGAUGAGAAGAAGAAGGAGUCGAAGGAGAAGGUGAACAAGGAAGAGAAGGAGAAGGACGAAGCGACCAUCAAAGUGACUGCUUACCUCAACCUUGCCGCCGAUUUUGCCCACAACUUCACCGACGGUCUUGCCAUCGGAGCCUCGUUCAUCGCCGGAACCACUGUCGGAGUCGUCACCAUGGUCACCGUUCUCGUCCACGAAGUACCCCAUGAGAUUGGAGACUUUGCCAUUCUCAUCCAAUCCGGAUACUCUAAGAAGAAGGCAAUGCUCAUCCAGUUGGUCACUGCUCUCGGCGCUCUUUCCGGAUGCGUUAUCUCUUUGCUCGCUGCUGAUGCCGAUGCUCUCGCCGACGCUGCCGCCAGCUCCUGGGUGCUUCCGUUCACCGCCGGAGGAUUCAUCUACAUUGCUACUGUCUCUGUGAUUCCGGAACUUUUGGAGAACAGCUCGUUCUUCCAAACUGUCAAGGAAAUCUUCGCGCUUCUCACCGGAAUCUUCCUCAUGUAUCUCAUUGCGAUUUAUGAGUAA